ACGCGCUGCCUGAGCGGGUGCGCAGGCGGCUUCCGGUGUGGAUGACGAGUGGUGGCCGAAGCAGGGGGACAUCUAGGGACGUUCAGGCAGGGACCAUGGCGGACGGCGGCUCGGAGCGGGCUGAUGGGCGCAUCGUCAAGAUGGAGGUGGACUACAGCGCCACGGUGGAUCAGCGACUGCCGGAGUGCGAGAAGCUGGCCAAGGAAGGAAGACUUCAAGAAGUCAUUGAAACGCUUCUCUCUUUGGAGAAACAGACCCGCACUGCUUCUGAUAUGGUGUCUACAUCCCGCAUCUUAGUUGCAGUAGUGAAGAUGUGCUAUGAGGCUAAAGAAUGGGAUUUACUUAAUGAAAAUAUUAUGCUUUUGUCAAAAAGACGGAGUCAGUUAAAACAAGCUGUUGCAAAAAUGGUUCAACAGUGUUGUACUUAUGUUGAGGAAAUCACAGACCUUCCAAUCAAACUUCGAUUAAUUGAUACUCUACGAAUGGUUACAGAAGGAAAGAUUUAUGUUGAGAUUGAGCGUGCUCGGCUGACAAAAACAUUAGCAACUAUAAAAGAACAAAACGGUGAUGUGAAGGAGGCAGCCUCCAUUUUACAGGAGUUACAGGUGGAAACCUACGGGUCAAUGGAAAAGAAGGAGAGAGUGGAGUUUAUUUUGGAGCAAAUGAGGCUCUGCCUAGCUGUGAAGGAUUACAUUCGCACACAAAUCAUCAGCAAGAAAAUUAACACCAAAUUUUUCCAGGAAGAAAAUACAGAGAAAUUAAAGUUGAAAUAUUAUAAUUUAAUGAUUCAGCUCGAUCAGCAUGAGGGGUCCUAUUUGUCUAUUUGUAAGCACUACAGAGCAAUAUAUGAUACUCCUUGUAUACAGGCAGAAAGCGAAAAGUGGCAACAGGCUCUGAAAAGUGUUGUCCUCUAUGUGAUCUUGGCUCCUUUUGACAACGAACAGUCAGAUUUGGUUCACCGAAUAAGUGGUGACAAGAAGUUAGAAGAAAUCCCUAAAUACAAGGAUCUUUUAAAACUUUUUACCACAAUGGAGCUGAUGCGUUGGUCCACACUUGUUGAAGACUACGGAAUGGAAUUAAGAAAAGGAUCUCUUGAGAGUCCGGCAACUGAUGUAUUUGGUUCUACAGAGGAAGGUGAAAGAAGGUGGAAAGACUUGAAGAACAGAGUUGUUGAACAUAAUAUUAGAAUAAUGGCCAAGUAUUACACAAGGAUAACAAUGAAGAGGAUGGCUCAGCUUCUUGAUCUGUCUGUUGAUGAGUCAGAAGCUUUUCUUUCGAAUCUAGUAGUUAACAAGACCAUCUUUGCUAAAGUAGACAGGUUGGCAGGAAUUAUCAACUUCCAGAGACCCAAGGAUCCAAAUAAUUUAUUAAAUGACUGGUCUCAGAAACUGAACUCACUGAUGUCUCUAGUUAACAAAACUACACACCUCAUAGCCAAAGAGGAGAUGAUACAUAAUCUACAAUAAGGGUCUCAGCGCCCCUAGUGCUUUUAGAAAAGAGUUAAAAGUGGAAGUCAAAAAAAAGGACUGUUCUGGUGUAUAUGUUGGGGUUUUUGUUUUUUGUUUUGUUUUGUUUUUCUUUUCUCAGCUCCUUUGUCUAAAAUGUACAAGAUAGUGAAUAUGUUUAAGGCCCCUUUUGACCUCUCAGUUCCCUGAUUUUAUCAUUAAUUUUGCAUUUGCAAUUGGUGCAAAAAAAAAAAAAGACAUUUCUAUUGUCUAUGUACUCAAAAAAUUGUGUCAUAACUUACCCAAGUGUGUUUUUCUGUCAUUUGAAAACUUUUUAGCUAUUAUUUGUUCUCAUUCAGCUAACAACCAUAAUUAUAAUAACAAAAGCAGUGUAUGCACAUUGACUUUCUAUAGUUACCUGUGUUUCUGAACAUUUUGUGGGAUAGUGAUUUAAGUAUUUUUUAAAUAAAAGAAAUUCUGUUGUAAAGCUAUCAAUUAUUUGGUAGAAUUUUAAAAAACAACAUAGGACAUACAAGAACAUUUGGGAUAGAGUUGUGAUUUGUAAGAAUUUGUAUUUUAGAUUGUGGCUGAAAGCCUCUAGUCCGAGUGUAUAUAGCGUGAUCUGGUAGGCUGAAGACAACAUAGACAUAACUUUUUUCCCCCUUGAGUCAUACUGAUUUCCAUCAGAGUAGCUUGAUUAUUUUCAUUCCCUUUCCCUGACUUGACCAGUUGCUGAACGAAAUCAAGUGACAUUGUGUUGACACAGUUUAAUACACACAGUCAUUUUUAUAAGAUUUCUUUGUGGCUUUCACUUAAGGGUCUAAUUACAUCAUUAAUGUUCCAAAUUCAUUAUCUUCUUAUAGGAGCUUUAGUUCCAGUAUAUGAACACUGGAUUGUAACCUAAAAUGUUUCAAAAAAUGACAACAACAAAAAAGACUCAGCCACCCUCUUAGCAAAUGGCAUAGUAUUGACUUUUUUUUUUUUUUUUUUUCUUUUUUUUUUUGCAGAGGUUAACAGAAGUAGUUUUACUGUCAAAAGAAACAUCUGAAAUCAAUUAAUAGCAAAUUUUGGAAGUUUUUAAAAUUUUGAUUUAUUUCAAGGAAAACUGAAGAAUGAGACAAUGAAACAAUGUUAGAAGCUUAUUUAAAAUGGUGUUUAAACAAAGAAAGUAUGAGGUCUACUUUUAAAAAAUCCAAAUGAAGGGAGUGGGAGAAAAAGACAUUCUGGAAAUAGCAUUUUUCAUAAUUCAUUUUCAUUUAAUGAUCAUUAAAUUGUCCUACUCCGUGAUCCCAGGGCUGGGGACAAUUGUGGGAUCUCUGCUAUUUAUGCUGAGUCAUUGUGAGUAAUAACCUAGUAUUAAAUCUAAUUCUGUUCUUUGGAAAUUUAAUGUAUCGGUCACAUUAAUAACAUAAACAUCUGCUACCACUUAUCUUUAAAAAUCUAACCAAAAAUAUGACAAGGAACAUCAGAAGUUCACACUAGCAGUAGGAAUAUGGUUUAAAUUUUCUUUUGAAUGAAAAGGAUAGAAAAUAAAAUCAUUUUGUAUUGUUAAUUUGUAAAUCAGGUUGGAGCUAAUUUGAAUCUAGCUUCUCAUUAACUCCCUAACUCAUAACCCUCGCACUUGCCAGACUGAGGCUAUUUGGCCAAAUACUUGGUUGCUGUAAAGAUCUCAAAUGGCCUUCUUUGGUCUUUAUUUAACAUGCUUGCCCUCAAACCAAGCUCUUUGUGUGUUCUGAUUUGGUACCAUUUGUAACUGUCCCAGUAACUGAAUCCCAUUUGGUUUAACUGCUCAUCCAGCUCUGGUUUUUUUCGCCUCCAAGCAAACUUAAAUUUCUUAGUGUUACAAAGAAGAAUCCAUUAACACAGGGCAGUAAAAUAUUUGAGAUGUUCAGAACCCAAAAUCCCAGCUUCCAUUUCAGACCUAAAGCUAGCUGGUUAUGAAAAGAAUAGAACUACUUUGUUUUAAAUAGGGAAAAGAUAGUACUUGACUCGUUUUCGGUUUCAUUAGGUUACUAACAGGUGACAAGCCACUGUUUUUUGUUUUCGUUUUUAAAUGUUUUUUACCCUUUUAUUUUUUAUAUAAUUUAUGUUUUUAUUUUAGAGUUCAGUAGCUACUUCUUGUAAUUACCUUCAAUUUCCAUAUGCUCAGUAAUCAUUGGAAAACUAAUCUUUAAAAUCCAUACUGUUUCCUUCUCUCUCUUCUACAUGUUACAUGUAUGAUAUAAGUACAUAAUUCACAUUGUUUUUGGUCCUGAAUAGAGCUGCAAUAAAAGCACUAAUUUGUGGGUGUGUAAAAACCUGUAGAAUAAACUCAUACUUGUAAA